AUGUCCACUGUUACUCGUGCUAUUGAAAUUUGUAACAUUGUAGAACCUGUGGAAUCCAGGACCAAUGAGCCUAUUGAAUGGGCAUGUCUGAAACGGGACCAUAAAGUAUAUGCAUUUUUGGCUCAAGGUAUUGCCUCCUUCCCAAGAAAAGAAUGCUUGUCUGAGGCACUUGGUGCUUCAAGCACUGACAAUUACCCAGAUGAAAGCAUUCAGAAUACCCCGGAACCAAGUGACAGGAUUGGUCAGAGACCUUCUUACUGGUCGAGCAAGGGUGAAAUUGAUUCUGCAGUCCCUGAGACAUUAACGUAUAAAUUGAUGGCCAAACUCUGUGUGAUUACUGAAAUCCAUAUUCAACCAUUUCAAGUGUACUUUCAGUUUGGUUCCCCCAUAUAUCCAGCAAAGGCUGUAAGAUUUUUGAUGGGGGAUUUGUAUUGCUGGUAUGGAAGCACAAAUGGAGGGAGAAGUGUCUUCAGCUGCACAAGAAUCUUGUCAUGAAAUAUUGCUGGUCCAGAUUCAGUAUUACUAAUUAACUGCGUUAUAGGAGAAUUGUUUGCAAAAGUUCAAGCUGCCAGAACCUGUCCUCUGCAUUGGAGGGAUUCUGCAAGUCCAGCUAUUGGGUAGAGUGCAGAAACAAGAAAUAGAUAGUUUGUAUUACAUAUGGUGAGUCCUACUUUAUUAUGAUUUUUGUCGCUUGUGUUUGGUGCACAAGCGAGAGGGAUUUUUCUCGCAUUCACAGGUUUGGUGCAAGUAUAAGAGGUUGGGAGCACAUGAUCCUCAACACAUUACCCGGUGCUAGAGGGAUUAUGGUAAAUGACUACGACUACGACGGCGAGGACGAUGAUUCAGAUGACCAGUAUAACUAAGUGCUUCUGCUUCUUGCUACGCUUUCUGGUUUUCUUAUGCUCUGUUCCUGCUGCCCUUCUGUAAG